UUCCAUUUCCAGCUCAAGGCCAUCUCAAUCAAUUUCUUCAACUUGCCUGUUUAAUCUCCUCUUCAUAUGAUCUUCCUGUCUACUAUGUUGCCUCAGCCACACAUAACUGUCAAGCUCGGGUUCGAGCCAACGCCUUAAAUCCAUCAGACAUAGCGAAAAUUCGCUUCCACGACAUUCCAACUCCUGAAUUUGCAUCACCUCCGCCUGACGUUGAUGCCUCGAGCAAAUUCCCAUUGCAUCAUAAGCCAUUAUGGGAUGCAUCUUUGCUUCAGCGUGAGCCAAUUGCUUCCUUUUUACGCUAUGUCUCCUCGAAAUCAAGACGAAUCGUCGUCGUUCAUGAUCCAUUUAUGUCCUACCAUGUUCAGGAUGUUUCUUCCUUGCCCAAUGCUGAAUCCUAUAUAUUUAAUUGCAUUUCAGCUUUCAAUUUGUACAGUCGUAUAAGCUUCUUAAGUGGGAAGUCCGUCCAACUUGGAGAAGAACUGCUUAAAAAGCUACCGUCCCUUGAAGGAACAGUACCGGAUGAAGCCGGGAAAUUUAUAGCUCUUCACAGUCCGUAUAUGGAUAUUAGAUCAGGUUAUAUCCAUAACACGAGCAAAGUAAUUGAAGGCGAGUUUCUCGAUAUGCUGGCACAAGUAGAAAGUAAGCAACAAUGGGCAAUUGGACCAAUUCUGAGUACUAAGGUUGGUUGUAUCUCGAACAGGAAUGGUAUCUGUCUGGAGUGGCUGAGAAAACAACCUCCGAGAUCAGUUCUUUAUAUAUCUUUUGGAACAACAAAUACAUUUUCCGAUAGAGAAGUCAUGGAGCUGGCGAUGGGAUUAGAACAAAGCAAACAGAAAUUCCUAUGGGUGUUGAGAGAUGCCGAUCGAGCAGAUAUCUUUAGAGGAAAAGCUAGAAGAGUUGAGCUGCCGGAAGGGUUUGAGGAAAGGAUAAAAGAAGUAGGCUUAGUGGUAAGAGAAUGGGCACCACAACCAGAAAUCUUGGCUCAUUUCUUCAUGAGUCAUUGUGGCUGGAAUUCCUGCAUAGAGAGUAUUACGAUGGGGGUACCGAUAGCUGCUUGGCCUAUGCACGGCGACCAACCGAGGAAUGGCUUCUUGGUGACGGAAGUUUUGAAAAUAGGCCUGAUUGUGAGGGAGUGGGAGAAACGCGAGGAGCUGGUGAGUGCAUCCACUAUUGAGUUGAUGGCAUCAGAGGAAGGUGACGCAAUUCGGAAAAGAGCAGAAGAAUUGGGAGAAGCCGUUAGAUGCUCCACACACAACGGGGGUUCUUCUCAAAUAGAAUUGGAUUCUUUUAUCGCCCAUAUCACAAGAUAGAAUUGCUUGCUUUUCACCUCAACUUUGGUUACUUCUCUCUAAUGACCCUUACCUCAUUUUCCUCUAUUUUUCAUACUACUAUCUAAAUAUUUAUUUUAAUUUGGUAUUUGGUAGAACUUAUAGAAUAUUUUCGAUAUUUUAAAUGAUAUAUUUA